CGGAACAGUGCCGCCUGUAGUGGUGGAGGCGGAAACUGUUAGCAAAAUCAAAGCCGGGCCGGCAGCGCCAGACAAAAACAUAGCCCUCAAAGACAUCCCCGCGGUCCGCCGUCCCAUUCCCGUGCUGGCCGAAUAAUGCCGUUCACACUGCACGGCUGUCCCCAUAGCCGGGCAAUAUUCUUGCGUGGAGCCUCCGGGAGGUCUCACACAAGUCCGGCCCCAGUCCCCUUGAUGUUGCCAUGUGGUAAAGCACCGGCCGCUUUAUUCAACCCGUCACAUCCCACACACAUGCUGCCUGGCCUGCUGAGUUCCUCCAGCAUUUUCUCUUCUCACCACACCCCCCGCAAGAAAAAAGAAGCAUAACCUCGCACAAUGACUAACAGAUCAAACAAACCCCCAGUCCACCAAUCGGCCACAAGAAAGAGAGGGCGGGCACACAAGAAAACAGAACCGAACGUGGCCAAAGUAAACUACGGUUAGUUUGAACCGCAGUCCUAUCCUUUACAGCUUGUUUCGAGGCCCUAUCCCUAUCCACACACAGAUGCACACAGAUACACACUCACACACACACAGAUACACACACUCACACACACAGAUACACACACACUCACACACACACAUGCACACAGACACACUCACACACACAGAUGCACACAGAUACACGCACACUCACACACACAGAUACACACAUACACACUCACACACAGAUACACACACACACAGAUACACACACACUUACACACACAUACACACUCACACACAUGCACACAGACACACUCACACACACAGAUGCACACAGAUACACGCACACUCACGCACACAUACACACCCUCACACACACGCACACAUGCACACUCACACACACAGAUGCACACAUACACACACACUCACACACAGAUACACACACACUCUCACACACAUACACACUCACACAGACACACACACACACACACACACAUGCACACAGACACACACACACACACAGAUGCACACAGAUACACGCACACUCACACACACAGAUACACACAUACACACUCACACACACAGAUACACACACACUUACACACACAUACACACUCACACACAUGCACACAGACACACUCACACACACAGAUACACGCACACUCACGCACACAUACACACCCUCACACUCACACACACAUACACACACACAGACACACACACACAGAUGCACACAGAUACACACACACAUACACACUCACACACAUGCACACAAACACACUCACACACACAGAUGCACACAGAUACACGCACACUCACGCACACAUACACACCCUCACACACACGCACACAUACACACACUCUCACACACAUACACACUCACACAGACACACUCACACACACAUACACACACACACAAAUGCACACAGAUACAGACACACAUAGACACUCACACACACACAUACACUCUCACGCACACAGACACACAUACACACACAUGCAUACAGAUGCACACACACUCAUACACAAAGAUGCACAGAUACACACACUUCAUAGUUCCUUUUUUAACACACAUUUACUGAAUUUUCCUUUACUUCAUGUGACACCUGACUGGAACCUUUGCAAACUUUUGCAAGUGCUGCAGCUUUCCUAGGUCAGCGACUAAAGUGAAAUAACUGGGCCCGAACACCCCACUCAAGCUUUCUGAUUAAUGAAAAUCAUUCUGAUGUGAACCAAAAAUAUAACACCUUCAGUCAUGUACUCAGCAUCCUUUUUGAUUUUGCCCUCCAUUACAUUUCACCUCAUCCCAUUUUACCCCAUCAUCUGCCUGUGCUUCCUCAUCGCCUCACUGCACACUGCACAGGAUUUAUGUAUCAACUGUCCCAUUCUCAGCCCUAUCACUCUGGACCUCCCCCAACCCUACUCUAACCAGGUAGAUUGUGAGAUCAAGAGUUGCACUGGGGGGAUGGUUCAAUAAGACCAUAAGACAGUGAAACAUAGGAGCAGAAUUAGACCAUUUGGCCCAUCGAGCCUACUCUACCAUUUCAUCAUGGCUGAUCCAAUGUUCCUCUCAGCCCCAAUCUCCUACCUUCUCCCCGUUUCCCUUCAUGCCCUGACCAAUCAAUAAUCUAUCAACUCCACUUUCAAUAUACAUACAGCCUUGGGCUCAAAGCUGCUGUGGCAAAGAAUUCCACAGGCAGGCUGGAAUAGAAGUUCUCAUUGAGCCUGCUGGUUUGUACUUUGGCCACAAUAGGUCAAUGCCAGGCGCAGUCUCCAUGGCUGUCCACACGGCUUUAGACCACCUGGACACCUACGCCAGGAUGCUGUUCGUCGACUAUAGCUCAGCAUUUAAUACCACCAUUCCCACAAUCCUGAUUGAGAAGUUGCAGAACCUGGGCCUCUGUACCUCCCUCUGUAACUGGAUCCUCGACUUACAAACUGGAAGACUGAUGGUAACAUAUCCUUUUCGCUGACGAUCAACACCGGCGCACCUCAGCAGUGU